CACAAACUCCAAUACAUGCUCGCACCCAGACACACAAACAUACACACGCACGCACACACAUCACUUUAAACCCGGAUGGAUGACUUCACUGUUCCGCCUGGGUUUCCUUUAUGAUCCCGGGAUCUCCCAUUUUUCUCAUCAGACCUCUCUGAACACGCACACGAACACAACACCCAUAAACACGGCUCUCCGCGACGUUGUCAAAUUGGGUCGUGCGCUCCGGCUGUGCGAAAGAGGUGCUACAUUUGCGCUUGAGAUCACUUCAAGAGGAUCGUCUGAGAAGUGCAAUUAUUCGCGGAAGUCCAUCUACCAUUGACCGUCGGCACCGCUUUCAUCCGUUUUUUUACCUUUUCGGAAGAGGCUCAUUGUCAGUGCCAUAAUGUCCGAGGUCCUGCCAUACAACGAGGGGAAAAUGAGCGGAUACGGAGCAGAUAGCGAAGUCAGUCAAAUGUCUUUCAGCUGCGGACUGCAAGACACCAACUCUUUUUUCGGGGCAUCGCAGGGAAAAAGACCCCCCAAACUGGGACAGAUUGGCAGAGCUAAACGAGUGGUUAUUGAAGACGACCGAAUAGACGAGGUUCUGAAGGGAAUGACAGACAAAUCAUCACCCGGCGUUUAAACGGGAACGAUGCCUUGCAGACUUUUUAUUUUAAUCACCGAUUUGAAGCACCUGUCGGACGUGCAUGUGUUCAAGGAUUGUAUAGGAGAAACGAAGGCACGAAGCGAUGACGAUGACGGGGAAAUGAAGGAGAAAGGGAAAGAUGACAACGGAAGACCGAGAUUUAUUUUGGGGUUGCUGGCAAUUCUCCAAACGAAACCCGAUUUAAACCACUGCUGAGCAGCACGAUACCGUGACGGCAUCACCGCAGCUCCGUUUCUCCACCUUAGCCGAUUUCUACGAUGGAUGAUGAACUUGCCAUUAUUUCAUGACCACCGUCUGCCAAAACGCGCUGUAAGCAACAAAAAAGGAAGAAAACAAGAAAACAACAACAGCAGCAACAUCUGGAAGCGAAAUGUCGCCCGAAGCUCUAUUUCUAUAUUUGUACAGAACUUCAGUUUGAAGACCAUCUUCUCCCGAUAUAAAGCUUUAUGUUGAAAACACAGUCGGCAAAACAGCAUUCAAACGAGCUGUUUCAUUCAGUACUAUCCACACGUAGAAUGCAUUCCGAUUGCUUGCUAGAGAGGUCUUUAAAAUAGCCUAGACCAACCGGACAAUGAAGACCCAAACGACGAGACCUGGUGUAUGUAUUAAUGGGGUAAUCAACACAAGGGUAUUUCAUUGUAUUAGCCCACCCCUUUCUUUUCAAUUUUGCCCGUCACAAACAUGCUGAGAAAUAUAUAUACGUAGAAAAAGAUUGUACUAUUUAGUCCCCCCAGACACUAUGAUGAUGCAGGUCGGCUCUUAAUUUAUUGACACCUGCGCUUAUCAGUUUCACACCUCGCGUUCAAAAAUAUCGAAAGAUUUCUGGACGCCAGCAGGGAUGGUUAAACACAAAUACAUGAAAACAUUAAAAAAAAAAAAGACUGACGGGAAUAAUUUGAAUUACUAUUAUUAUUUAUUUCGAUUUUGCGAUUAUGUUUUUGUCUUACAUAAAUAAAAGUCGACUUUUUUUUCCUCCAUCCUUUUUGUUGCAUGAACUUUCUCUCAGGUGCCAACACAGGCACCAGCACCAUUCUUACCCUGGCACGAUUCUUUUUAACAAAAUUCAUAUUUGUAUUUUUAUAUCUAACUAUUUGUUAUUUAAACUGAUACGCUCGUCUAACGUCUUACAAUUCAUCAACAAAAAAGUUUGUACUUUGGAGAGGAUAUUCUGAGACUACCGAAGAAUCUAUGAGGUUUUGUCUGUCUCAAUCAAUAUCCAGUGUGGGACGCUGUUUUUUAAAGAAAAAAGACUUACUGAAUGUGUUUCGGGUUUUGCACACAUCAAUGUUUAACUAUUAUUGAUAAAUCGUAUAACUGUGACUUGAGCUUCGUUGACGGAUUCGUUAGAAUUGGCGAUUUUAGAGUCUGUUGCGCUGUUUACGAGUAUACUCAAAUAACGCGCUGUUAUUUGACAGAUUUUUGGACAUUACCGUUACGUUUUUUAAUUUAAAAUCUUUUGUAACAUUCUUUUACAGAAAUUGAAUAUGGUUUGUUGUGCAUGAAACCUUAAUAUUUUCAAUAAUGAAACGUCAUUUUAUGAAGCAAAAAAGCGACGAAAACGUCAUGACAUUCUAAGAAUGAUUCAUUGUAUAUGAUGAUGCCAUUUUCACUGUAUUUGGUGAACUAAUAAAUGGUGAAAUAACAGUU